AUGAUCACACGAAAAGCGACAAAAAUAAAAUACAUCAUACCAGCUGGUAAAGCAACCCCGACACCACCUUUGAGUACAAUCUUUAAUCAACAUAAUAGAAGGGCUAUAGAUUUUUUAGGAAUUAAUUCAGAUACAAUUUUUAAAAAUCCUAAAGGUGGCGCGUUAGGUAAAAUUAGUUUAAAACAUGUUUACGAAAUUGCAUUAAUUAAAAAUCAACAAGAAAAUAUGUUAGAUUAUGAAUUAAAGGAUAUUUGUAAAAGUCUUAUUGAAGCUUCGAAAAGUGUGGGAAUUGAAAUUGUUCCUUAA